AUGGGUGUCGUUCACGUCGAGUCUCUCUUCGAGGGAAGCCGGCUAAAGGACCUCAACGGGGAGGUGAUUCCGGGCGAGGAGGUAGCGGCGAGCGAUAUCUACAAGGACGCGCCCACCGUCGUGGUCGUCAUCCGUCGCCCGGGAUGCGUGGCGUGCCGCGACACGGCGCAGAAACUGUGGGCGCGGAAGUCGGAUUUCGACGACCUGGGCGUGCAGAUGGUGGCGGUGGUGCACCAAGGCUUCCCGGGCGAAAUCAAGCGCUUCAAGGCCGGGUACUGGCCCGGCAGCGUGUUCCUCGACAGCGAAAAGAAGUUCUACGAGACCGUGGGCGAGGGCAAGGUGCGCGUAGGCAGUCUCCGCUGGCUCCUGAACCCGUUCAGCCGGGCGUGGCGCAACAUCCGCGCGGCGAUCCGCGGCGGCGUGUCCGGGAACUUCGCCGGCGACGGCACCACGCUCGGGGGCCUCCUGGUGCUCGCGGCGGGCGGGGGUAUUGAGUACGCGUUCCAGGAGACUGACUUUGGUGACGCGGCGCCCGUGGAGGACGUGCUCGCUGCCGCGAAGCGCGCCGCCGGCAAGUAG